CUUAGCAAUUUUAUGGUUUUUUUUUCCAGUUAAAUUGCUUUUGUGUGGAAUGCUGUUAACUGCCUUAUUUAGGGCAUUCUUUUGUGUGCUGACUUUGGUGCCACGAACGACAUUGCCUAUUCAUUUUGAUUGAACAUUUUGGUUUGGGAGUUUUCACGUUUGAACGCGGGUCACAAGUGCUUUGAAGCCAAGGUCGAUUUAGUGGUUAAAUGGCACUCGGUGUAAAUACGAGUACACUUUUAUGGAGAGAAGUAGUUUCGAAGAUUCAAAUAACACAUUAUAAUGGGAAUGUAGGUAUAUAGCCUUUUUAAUCCAGGUUGGAUCCGGGAAGAUUACGGACAUAGCACCAUCCUUAACCAGCUAAACAUAGGCAAAUAAGAAUAUAUCCUUAGAUUCUUUCGGUGUUCUUAGUCACUUUCGGGUGAGGGUUCCCUCUAAACUUAAAUGGGGAAAAGGUUUAGUAGGGGAAGAGGAUAAUACUUCUAUCUAAGGGGUCCAAAAUGAACUGCGGAGUAGAGGCGGAUUUCUAUUCGCCUACCAAACUCAGCCAGCAUCUUUCAAGAGUCCUAGGUGUUGAACAACUACGGGAGGAUAGAGAAAGCGAUCAUAAACACAGACAGUCAGGCGACAGGGUUAAUUCCAAUGUAGUCAACAACUGCAGGAUGACUUUAAACUCACUGGCAGGUCAACUCCACUUGUCCGGGUUCCCGGUCACGGGAACAUUUUCGGCAACGAAAAGACAGACGAGUUUACAAAGCUAAGAGCUUAUUUAGACGAAUCCGCGGCGGAAUAAAUACCAUGCCCGCUGGAAACGAUCAAAAGAGAGCUUUAUAUUCAUUUUGAACAAAUAACUCAGAGCAGAUGGAACUCAAUAACAGGCGGCAAGAUAACAAAGCAGUCAAGUCCCAAAUAUGACAAGAAUAGAACUAAGAAACUACUAUUUAGGUACAGAAAUAGUACAGACUUACAGCUACUAUAACGGGGCACUGGCCUGUUGAAGAGCAUGCGCUAAAAAUGGGCCUGCCUUAUAAGAAUAUGUAGUUGCUGCAGCAAGGUAGAACGGAAUACCGAAACGGGUUUCCGCUUUCUUUGUGAAUGUCCAGUUCUAUCACAAGCCCGACACAAAAUACUUGGAGCCCAUCAGGCACCAAACCCUGAACGGUUGUCCACAAAAAACAUAACGGAUAUGAAUAGUUUCGUUGAGAACACUAAAUGAUUUAAACGCAACGAUGAAACGGAAUAACAAGAUUAUAAGGUCCUACGACAGGCUAUGGUGGCAGCACUCCUACCUAUAAUAAGCUCAUUCGUGUUUCAAUACUAUUUCAUAUUAAUCGCCGAAUUAUGGCAGAAUGAAGAUUUAUAAAAUAAAAUAUCGAAAUAGGAAGAUAUUUUCGAUGAUUAUUUAAUUUUCCGUGUAGACACCUCACCUGAGGAUAAUUGCUUAAGUUGAGAAUAAGGUAAAGAUUCAAUAACCUACGGUCGAAAAAACUAAUAAAAAUUUACCAAAAUGGCGGCGUUUUAAAAAAAAAAUUAUUUAAACUUAAAACUUUGGUCGUUUUUGACCCAUCAAAUAUUUGAUUCAACUGGUAGGUAAUUUUUUGGAGAACUGCAUAUUAUAUAUUCAGAACAUGCUGCAAAAAAUGCUGUUUCGAGAAAAACGCGUUAAAAAUAAGCUAAUAAAGCUGGCUACACUUUAGAAGCCUGUAAAUAAAAAAAUGUAAAUUGUAGACUUUUGUAUGUUAUUUUUAAAGGUAUAACCUAUCGAAAUAAGAAAAAAUCGCUUGUUUUUAUUUCAUACAGAGGUGUGCCUCUUAAUACCGCUACAUGGCAUCCACCGCUGAUGCUUAAAGACAUUUUCCUGCCAUAUUUUAAAGAAGAUAUCGAAAAUCCAAGUUGUUUUUCAACAUAUGGAAGCAUAUUACUAUUUUUGUACUACUUACUCGAAAAGUUUACUCCCAUCAACCACUUAAGACUUUAAGUUUAUGAAUGAGAUAUUAAUAUUUAUAAUCUUCUUUAUAUAAUUUCCUCACAAUGUUGUACACUUCAUUCAUGCGGUACACAAAAAUAUGAAUCAUUCGCUAAUUUUUAUCCUUAUUUGCAAUUUUCUAGAAUAUUUAUGUAUUAUUCUACAUAUUUGUAUACAUACCGAAAAUGCAUAACACAAUUCGAAUUCCUAUAUUGUAAAUAUCCAUUUGGAACUGAGCGCAUUUUCAACCAAUCGAAGAAUUUCAAAAUGAAAAAUAAUGCCGAAUUAAGCGCAGCGUACUGUUACGCAGUAGAACACACAGCUCUCGAGCACGAGCUACUUUUCUCUUUCCUAGUCGGCACCUCGCUGACAAAUUACGGAUUGACGCAACAAAAGUUGUUGCAUAUGAAAGUGUACUUAACUUAAAUAACCUUGCUUUCAGUGGGUCUGGCAGCACUGUACACAUUCAAUGACAAUGAGAGUGUUAUAUUUGACAGUUCUACAUUUCAAUUUCAAAGUAUUUGUUUGUUUGGUCCUGUGGAUAUCUGUUGAUAUAUUACUUUAUAAAUAUUUACAGAAGUAACAAGUUGAAAUGAUUAGAACAUCUCUCACGGAUAGUGAUGCAAGGCCAACUGAUAGAAGCAUGGAGUUAUCUGCAUCCGAAAUAAAUACUUCCCGCCUUCAGUGUUCUCAAACCUCAGUCUCAAGUGAAAGUGAUCUGUCAUUCUCAUUAUCAAUUGAGCGUGAUUUAGAUGCACUUAUAAUUGAUGAUGAGCUUCCAGCAUUUGAAAUCCGGCUUAUAUCACCGCUUGGCCGUACACCUUCGCCUAUAGACACCAAUGCAGAAGAUUUACAAACACCAACUCGACUCCCGCAGCUGGAUGAUGAUUCUACCCCUAGUGCUUGCCAUAACGCGGAUUUUGUUGCUCUUCAAGAUAUCAACGCACUUAUAAGUCCACCAUCUGAUAAUGAAGACAGAAGGGAAAGUCUCAGCCGUUGUAAUAGCCUCGAGACAAUAUUUGAAGGUGUAUUCCUAAACACCCCUCCUAAGAACGCAAGCAAUAUACGUAGGACUAAUUCAAUGCGGAGUAAUCUUAUCGAAAGGAAGUUUAUUGGUAGAAUGAACAGUGGCAAAGAAAAUCAAAUACCAAAUGGCAUUGAUUCAAUUAGUCCAUCCAGAAACAGCUACCAGUCCAAAGAACAGGUUCCCGAUGCGAAUUUAAAGUAAUGUACGGAUUAUUUAAAUGGUUUAAAAAAAUGCUUCCUAAAAUAAAGAGUUUAAGAUAUACCGCUAUUUAAAAUAAUUGUAACUCCAAUAUUAUUGUAAAGAUAAAUAAAUGCAAUAAAUUAAUUUAAA